UGAGGACAGACAUAGCAAUAAAUUAAUGAGCGCAGAUAGAAGAUGUUAAAAAUAGCGCGGUCUCUGAGGCUAUCGCAGAAUCUGUAGCCGGGAUAUCUUGGAGAGGAAAACGCCUGUCAGAUACAAGGAGUGACAAUUGUGCACGUCCCGAGACUGGCAGGGAGGAACUGAUACGGCCUGUGUAUAGGCACAGGGCCAAUUCAUGUGUCGAUUUAUGUUUAUUUUGACAAGGAAAGAAGCGAUGGGUUAUUUAAGGGUUGAGAUCAACAUCAAAUUUUCACCAACUUGAUGCAUGUUGUAAAGAAAAUGCACACGAUCCUUUCCCCAUUUUUGUCUUUCUGCUGGCAGACACUUCGCUCGUGUACUUGCAAAAUAAAUUUGAGAUUAUCAUAACAGAGAGAAGAAAAAAACACAAAUCUAGAUGUUCUGUUUGAUCAAAUAGAUACUGCUUUCAGACUGUUAUACCAGAGAGAUCUGAGUGAGAGAUGGAAGGAGAAUUGGGGUGAAUGUCGUCUUCGCUCAAAGAAAUUUCGUUUCAUUCUGUCCGUGAAUGAAGGCAGUCAUUCAUACAUGGCAAAAGACCAUCGCACUAGAGAGAUUUGAGUAAGAGAUGGAAGAUCGGCCGUUAGGGCAUUGGAAUUGAAAACGAGGCAUCUUUAGGGUUAAAAUAAAGCGGGGACAAAAAGACGUGUCUUCUCAACGCAAGGCGCAAGCCAAUAACGACAAUGACGAUAGCAAGUACGACAAGAAUAUUAUAUACGAAAAGGGGCAAUUAAUUUUUUAAAAAUAAAUCAGCCACGACUAAAAUUAGACAGCAGCGACUGACGAGCGUUGGUUCUUAAGACGUUAGUCGAAAAGGUUUCAUUAAUUUAAAUAUUGGGACUACAACCGCCAAACUCUUCCUCAUUUCUUAACACCAACGACUCGACUUUCUCAAGGGGUUGUAUUCUAUCCUGCUUCAUUACAUCCAUCCCUCCUGUUCUCUGAAUUAGCCAAUGAGAAGCCGCGAUGCCGAGAGAACACCCCCAGUGCGCAGGUGAGGAACGAGGGAAAAUCAUUAUUGGAGACUAAGAGAGAAACGAAACAAAACGAAAAAAUUGGACGUGCGUUGCAAGAAGCAGGUUGAUAAAGCUGUUCGGAGAGUUCGGGAAUUGGGGUGAGUGUCGUCUUCGCUCAAGGAAUUAUUUCGUUCCACUUUGUCCGUGAAUGAAUGUAGUCAUUCAUACAUGGCAACAGUGAUGCAACAGUCAGAGGGUAUUGUGCCUUCGAAAUGUGGGACAAGUUCUUGACCACUACGGCGACAGAAGUGACGCAGCCAGCAGACUUCUAAAUCACCCGACACAAUUCCAAGAGAUAGCGAGAGACGUCCUGACAUUUCUCCAUCAGACGAAACCAGCGAGAAGAGGCUUGAAGGAAGAACAGCAGACACUGGCGGUUUGUCACUCCGGAUGAGAAAGUGCUAUGCGCCCAGGAAUUUUCAGUAUGGAGCUCGUUCGAACUCCUCACCACUGGGCCGCCUUCUUGGGGAACAAUGGUUUCUCUCUCAACCGUUGUGUGGGAAACGGCAGCUUCGGCGAUGUUUACGCCGUGACCAAACUGACCACUGGCUGUGUUUGUGCUGUCAAGCGGCUCGUUGCACGUAGGAAGAUAUCUGAGGACAGAUACACAAUGGCUGAAAUCCGAGCACUUAUUGACCUGCGGCACCCGAACAUCAUUGGUCUAGAGGAGGUUCUGUUGUGUGAUCGGCUAGCGUGUAUUGUUAUGGAGUACGCCAGAGGGGGGAAUCUGGAGCAGUUCACAAGUAAGAAGGGCGGUAGACUGAAAAAUUCGUUCAUUCGCACGGCGUUUUUACAGAUAGUGGCAGCUGUUGAGUUUUGUCAUGGGCAGGGUGUGGCCCACAGAGACCUCAACCCUACCAACGUUCUCAUCUUCAGCGAUCAACUGGUCAAACUGGCGGACUUCGGCCUCUGUGUUCUCUGCGUGGACGCUGACACCGGUUCGGAGAUUUUGUGUUCGGACUAUUUGGGCCAAGACGCGUAUUUAGCCCCCGAGGUUAAACUAUACAAGCCAUUUUCAGGUAAACCAGCAGAUAUCUGGAGCCUUGGAUGUGUUCUGUACUUUAUGCUUUUGGCAUCUAACCCUCCAAAAAAUGAUUCAGAAUUGUUGGAGAAGUUUGAAGGACUCCCAUGUACUGAGCCAAGUUCAGCCAGUUUCCGACAGCGCUGUAUCUUCGUUGUCCGGUCUUUGUGUCAAGCGGAAGUUUCUAAGAGAUUAGACAUAACAAUGAUUGGAACUCUGCCCAUUUGGGAUACUUGAAAAAUAAAACCCUACUUUUUCAACGUUACCAACUCCUCUCGCUUAUCUAAAGCCCUCAUGCAUGUAUGCAUAUAGGGUACAGACGAGGGACCACCACUACCGUCUGUUCUAGGACGCUUUUUGAAUGGUCAGUUGUUCCAAGAGGCUUGCGCGCUAAGAAAUUACCUGAGUGUCUCAACAGACUACAAAAACCAUCUAGAUAAUAUAUACAAAGGCAGUACCUUUCAGUUUUUUUAUGGCAGAAAAACUACAACUUACGUUCCAACUGAGUGAAAAACAAGUUAAAUAUCUCCUUAGUUUUAUUGAUUACAUUAUGAUAAACACGUAUUAUGUUAUGUAACUGUUAAUAGGAGGUCAAAACAACAAGUUGGAGAAUGGAGAGCGAACAAAACUGGGUCGUUUUUACGGGAGAGCUCACUGACUGACUAUCCACAAAUGUUGAUCGUUCAUCUCUCAACGCCCUGGGACCACGCGAACAGAGUGCUGCGCCAAGCACAAUGAAAGAUUUUCCUUCAGCUGUUACGGUGUUCUCCUCAGAAGGCACAGCUUGUACUCAUUUGACAGUUGAAAAGUUAUAUUGUCAAGUUCGAUAAACACCCGCUAUGCCUGUUCGAGUCACUGAGUAAAACAUUUUUCAAAGAAUAAGAACAACAUCAGCAGACCAAUGUUCAAAACCUUCAUUUGCAAUUGUCUGAAUGUCAACUGAAUGCAAAAUUGGGCAUGACUGGUUUCGUCUUCUCACUUCAGGACUCAAAGGCUAUACCUUAUAUUAUGUGUACGUGAAAAAAAAGAGAAUUGUUGAAUAAACGAAAAACCAGAAC